AUGGUGAAGGCUGUAUUUGGGAACAUUGUUGUGUGGGAUUCGGCGGACGUCAGAGGCGCGCUCUCCUCGCUCAUCCAGCUCUCGAUGACGACCGGCUUCGUGAUCAUGUCCUGCGUGGGCCCGUUCGUGUCGUACAAGACACUGGCGAUCAUUGGCAUGGCGUCGCCGCUGGUGGCCGUGGCGUGCUUCGCCUGGAUGCCCGAGUCGCCCUACUACCUGCUGGCCGUGGGGAAGGACGCUGCCGCGGAGAAGGCGCUGCGAUGGCUGCGGGACCCGGACCGCGACAUCAUGUCGGAACUGCGUCAGAUGAAGAAAGCCGUUGAGGAGUCCAAGCUGAUCGAGCCCUCCGUGCUGGACCUGUUCCGGUCGCGCCGCUGCCGCCGCGCGCUGGCCAUCUCUCUGGGCGUGGUGUGCGGCGAGCAGAUCCAGGGCAUCAAUGCGGUGCUCUUCUACAGCCAGAGCAUCUUCAUCGCGGCAGGUGGUUCCGUCAGCGACAUCGUGGCGCCCAUGAUCAUCAACGGCACCAUGUUCGUGGUGUCGUGCUUCGCUCCCUUCCUGGUGGACCGAAUGGGUCGCAGGCCGUUGCUUCUCUUUUCUUCUACCGGCAUGUGUCUGGCAUUGAUUCCUUUGGGCGUAUUCUUCGUUUUAAGCGACGCAAAGCAGGAUGUGGAGAGCAUCGGAUGGAUUCCCGUCACAGCCCUAAUCUUCUACAUUAUGGUCUAUUCGCCAGGUUACGGCUGCCUAUCAUUCACGGUAUCUGGCGAAGUCUUCCCUCCCAACGUGAAGGUCGUGGCGAUGCCGAUGGCCGCAUGCGUGUCUUGGUUCAUGUCCUUCAUAGUCACCAGGUUCUACGGAGACAUCGCCCUCGCAGUGGGAAACGGCGGUCCCUUCUUCGUGUUCGCGGGAUGCGCACUACUCGUAAUGAUUUACGUCUACUUUGUGGUGCCGGAGACGAAGGGGAAGACUCUUGAGGAAAUACAAGAGAUGCUCGGCGAGGAGAAGGGAGGGCAAGGAGAGAAGCGUUCAGUGACUAAA